AUGGAGCGGCAAUCGACCAUCCGUCCCAAGGGCCUCUUGGUUAGCGGGACAACGCCCUACAUCCCUCACGAUGUCAUUUCCGAGACGACCAAGGCCGGUGUUGUCGGUCUUCUAGCCGGUAGCUUUACCGGUGGAGUCCGCAACGCCAUGUCCAGAGAGAGCCUUGGUAUUUCUGGCUUCUUCAUCCGUCAAGCUCCCCUGGUGGGAAUCAUCACUGCCGCUCCCGCCGCCUACAUCUUCGUCAAGGGUAUCACGCAGAACCUCAUUGGAAAUGAGGACCCCUGGGGCGCCGGCUUAGGUGGUUUCGCCGCUGGCGGUGUCCUUGGUCUGCCUUUCAAGAGAUUCGCGCCCAUGAUUGCCUGUGGUACUGCCUUUGGCGUCACGCAGUUCCUCUUCACCCUUCUCGGCGCCCGAGUCGAUAGCUUCAAGGCCGAGGAGGACGAGUUCCUGCGCAAGGAGUCUGUUCGUCGGACCACGCGUGUUCCUAUCGAGGAGACGAUUGCCCAUAUUGGCGAGGGUCGUGGCGUUCGUGCCGAGGGCUACGAAGACAGGCGACGCCAACUCAUCAAGGAAAAGUACGGCUUCGAGGUCAACCCUGUCAAGGCCACCGUCGACGGUAGCUCAUAG